CUGGAUCCGCGGUGCAGGCAGGAAACGCAGGACGGGCUGCUGGUGCACCAAAUACGAAACUGGAACCCCUCCGUGCACACUCUGCCAAGGCAACGGCAACGCCGGGCGCCCUUGCCGAAGCGGUGUCGGGACUGGGACGACUUCAGGAUCAACCCGCCGAGCCAUCUGUGUCCGGUCGACACCUAUCGAUUGUAAUGCCGAUCUGGGUCUGUGCUCAGAUUCUGGAAGAGGAAAAAAUCUAUCUGUGUUGCAGGGUCAGUAAUUUUUGUGUCUUGGAGAAGGUAUUUCUCAUGCAGGCUAGGCAUGAAUAACCCUCUCAAGAAAUAAGACAAAUCUCUGAUUUCAUCCCGACCCAAUUUAGUUCUUCUAUACAGACCCUGAUAUUAGUUGCAACCCAUAACAGCAGGCAGACAGCAAUCUAGUUCUUGCCCGAGAGCAGGGACAUCAAGUAACCCCAGCUGCACCCCACCAGACGAGAAGACCGAAACCGCUGCCGCGGCCACCGAUCUCCAGUGCGAGAUCGAUUUUUCCGCAAGAGUAUCCUGUGCAAAAGUAUCGGACUCGUACUAAUUACAAAUAUGCAUGACAAGUGUUAUUCCUAAGGCAAAACAGCAUUACAAAUUCUACUUCCCUUCUUGCCAAAAUUUGUAAUGCAAUUUAUACUAGUACGAUACUUUUGCAAUGCAUAAAGAGCAGGGGCAGGACCGAGGGUGAUGAUCCCGAACGCGAUCUUGGCGCCGGCUUUCCUUCGCAGCUUUGGGGUGCGUAACGGAU